AUGAUUACUGAUGAAGAAUUGAAAACUAAAAUGGACUACAUACUUGAAAUUUGUACAUCUAUAGAUUUACAAUACGAUAAAAAAAAAAUGCUUAACAAUAUAGCUAAUGUAACAAAAAGUGCAUCACAGAAGCAACUGAUAGUUUAUGAACCAAAUGCCAUUAUUAUAUGUAUUCUUAAACUCUUUUUUUAUUAUAAUGAAAUCGCAUCUCAAAAUAUGUGUAAAUGGAAACGACGAAGAAAAUGUCGACUUGCAAAAGAAUGUUACAUUAAUUUAUUACAAGUAUACAUUCCUGAAAAGUCUAAGGAAAUUUUGGAAGCUGUAAUUAACGUGAUUUAUGAAGAUAAGCUUUGGGAAUUUGAAACAUUUUGUUUUGAAAUUAUGUGUUCUUUAUUAGAAUAUGAUGUUUACAACUGGCCAGAUACUCACGAAACAGUAACAGUUAUUGAAAGAAUCUUAAAUCUUUUUUAUAUUUCUAUAACUAGCUCACAUGCAACUGUUAAUUUUAUGCCAUACGCAACGUUCAAAAAAGGUUUAGAAGUCUGCAUAAUUAAUAUGGUAAAGCAUGUAUCUAAUGAUCAUCUUCUCAUCAUAAUCCAACAUAUGUGUUCAUGGGUUGUUGAAAAAGGAAUGACUGAUGAAAUUAUUUUAGACUUUGGCAGUACACUUGAAUACACAGCCUAUGUACAUGAGGUAACAUUAUAUGAAAAAACUUUAACUCCAAAGAUAUUUCCAUUAUUAAUGGAAAUGAUAGCAUCAACAAGUAAAAUAAUCAGUCUAUUGGGUAACAGAGUUACUCAGUAUUUGCUCGACAGAGAAGAAAACAAAAUGAAUUUUGAUACGCCUAAAAUAUUUUUCGAAGAUAUUCAAUUUGAUCUCACAAUAGAAGCUACUUAUUGUACGAUAUGCCUGAUUGCUGUAGAAGUGCCAUGCGGAUUUAUAGCAGCAGCCCUAGUUUGCCUUUUAAUGAAUGUGCAAGAUGUAACGUUGAAGCAAACUAAACAUCAUGUCGAAGUAUCUAAGUCUUAUCAUAUACAUGCAACAGUGAUAGCAGUUAUGUCCCUUUUGUGUUGGAUUCACAAAGCUAAAGCAUUUUAUGAAUAUAUGAACAAAGUAAUGAUGGAGAGGGCACAGUGGGCUCCGCAUUUAAAUCCACCUAUUCAAUCUCAAUAUAAUUUCGCGGCGCAUCACAUACUUUGGAACAAGCCAGAUUUGUUUUUCGUAGAUUGGGAAGCUCGUUACGGUUUGUGGAAAUGUUUCCGUUUACAUGAAACUGAAGAAGAGCCGCAGGAUACAUGA